CUCUCUCUCUCUCUCUCUGCCUCAAUCCCUUUUUUUUUUUUGUCUCAUUUGCCUGAGAUCGAGCUUCCCUCGUCGGUUUUAAUGGCGUCGCUACUUGAAUCUGGCUGGCGGUACCUCAUCACUCAUUUCAGUGAUUUUCAACUGGCUUCUCUGGGAAGUUUCUUUCUUCAUGAAGGCGUCUUUUUCUUGUCGGGACUUCCUUUCAUAUUUCUUGAAAGAGCAGGAUAUCUGAGCAAGUACAAGAUUCAGUCCAAAAAUAACACCCCAGCUGCUCAGGAGAAAUGUAUUACGCGCUUAUUGUUGUAUCAUAUCGGAGUGAACUUGCCGCUUAUGAUAUUGUCCUAUCCUGCCUUCAGAUUUAUGGGCAUGCGAAGUACUCUACCAUUGCCGUCCUGGAAGGUAGUUUUGCUGCAAAUACUAUUCUAUUUCAUUCUCGAGGAUUUUGUGUUCUACUGGGGCCACAGGAUUCUGCAUACAAAAUGGUUGUACCAGCAUGUCCACAGCGUCCAUCAUGAAUAUGCUACUUCAUUUGGACUGAAUUCCGAAUAUGCUCACCCUGUCGAGAUAUUGUUCCUUGGCUUCGCUACCAUUGUGGGUCCUGCUAUAACUGGUCCUCAUCUGUUUACUCUAUGGUUCUGGAUGGUAUUAAGAGUCUUGGAGACAGUUGAGGCACAUUGUGGAUACCAUUUUCCAUGGAGCCUCUCGAAUUUGUUUCCUUUUUAUGGGGGUGCUGAUUUUCAUGACUAUCAUCAUCGUUUACUUUAUACAAAGUCCGGAAACUACUCGUCGACAUUUGUUUACAUGGACUGGAUAUUUGGUACAGACAAGGGUUACCGAAAAUUGAAGGCAAUCAAGAAUAGUGAAACUGAAGCUGGAAACAAGCAAAUGUAGCAAAGAGGUUUUUGACUGGUUUGAUGUCAGAGAAUAGGUUUCUACUAUGUUUAAGGGCAUCUUUAAUGUCUUUCCUUUGCCAAUCGUGCCUGGUAUUUGCUUUUAUAAUUGGUAGAAGGCAGGUUGUAAUUUUUAGGUGUGCGACAAUGUGGAAUUCCUUCAGAAGGCUUUGUUGUCGACAUGUUCUGCUCACUCCUGCUCAUGGCCAUGAAUGGAAUGGAAGCCUUUUCUGCUCUUUCAUUA